AUGUACCAUUUUAAUCCGACUAACCAGUCUUCUACAUCAGGUUCUCAACGUGCUGGGAAUGCAUUUUCUGCAUUUGGAAUAUCUCAAACUUCAGGCGCCGCAACUACUACUCAUGAUAGUGGUGAUGAAACACCUCACGAUCAAGGUCCUUUACCUAUUGCACUGUCGUUAACAGGUAAUAAUAGUAAUAGCGCAAGUUCUAAUAAUGUAGCUGGUGUUUUACAUAGUAGUGUGGCUGCAAUGACCACUUCAAAUAAUCAGAGUACUAAUAGUACGACAGCCGCAACUAAUCAUUUGUUAAAUGUGAAUAAUGCUCCACAUGGAACUGCAGCAACAGCGGCAGCAGCAGCGGCAGCUGCAUCUGCAUCAGUGGCGGCAACGGGUACUACCUCAUUUACGGGUACCGCUGCUGCUGCCGAUUUAGCAAUAGGGAAUAGCAAUAGUGAUUCUAGUGCUAAUUCUAAGAAUGUUCGUCAUUAUGUUUAUUCUGCAGAUCAACCAAAUGCAGAUUCUUUACUACAUUUGGAUUUACCAGAAAGUACAACCUUACCGCCGAAGUUAGAAUCAAAGGAAUUAAGAAAAUUGAAAGAUAAAAAUGGAUUAUUCAGUCUUAGAUUAACACCUUUUAUUGAUAAUGUUUCUACAACAAAUCAAGGCCUUUAUUUUGAUCCUAUUGUAAGAACUGCAGGACCAGGGUCACAACUAGUUAUUGGAAGAUAUACAGAACGAGUUCGUGAAGCAAUAUCAAAAUUACCUGAAAAUUAUCAUCCGGUAGUAUUCAAAUCAAAAGUUAUCUCAAGAACUCAUGGUUGUUUUAAAGUCGAUUCUCAAGGUAAUUGGUUCAUUAAAGAUGUUAAAUCGUCCUCAGGUACUUUUUUAAAUCAUCAACGUCUUUCACCUGCAUCUACAUUAUCAAAGGAUAUUCCAUUACACGAUGGUGAUGUAUUACAACUCGGAAUGGAUUUCAGAGGUGGAACAGAAGAAAUAUAUAGAUGUGUUAAAAUGAGGGUCGAACUUAAUAAAUCAUGGAAAAGAAAGGCUAAUGCAUUUAAUAAAGAAGCUUUAAAUAAGAUUAAAGAAUUACAAAAAUUAACAAACGGUGGAAUAGAUGAAGAAGACUGUUCCAUUUGUUUAAGUAAAAUUAAACCAUGCCAAGCAAUAUUCAUCUCACCUUGUUCACAUAGUUGGCAUUUUCAUUGUGUAAGAAGAUUAGUUAUGUCUUCUUAUCCUCAAUUUGUAUGUCCAAAUUGUAGAGCUGCUUGUGAUUUAGAGGCUACAAUUGAAUCUAGUGAUUCAGAAGAUGCUCUUUCCGAUUCAGAAGAAGAACAAAUACAAGAAAAUAUUAACAACAAUAGUAAUAGCAUACAUGAGAGUAAUAACGAUGGUAUUAAUAAUCCAAAACGUGCAGGCCAGUUAGAUCCAUCUUUUCGUUUGGCAAACAACAGUAUUCAUCAUGAUAAUAAUAACAAUAUUAUACAGAAUAGUCAAUUGGAUCUAAAUGUACUUGACAGUCUUGGGGUUCAGUUAGACGAUCCAAAGAACGAUGUCGAUAUGGAAAGCCGAGAAUAA